UUUCUUCUACGCGCUUCAAAUUCUUCACAACGGCGUUUAUAGCACACACUUCCUCGAGCCGAAACUCAAAUUUCAUCUCCUUCAUUCAUUCCCAGUUUCUUUGAGUUCGAAUUUUUGUUUUCCCCAAGCCCCAACUCUAAUACUAAAUAGAAUUGGGCAUUGAAAUUUUUUCCUUUUAUGGAAUCUCAUUUCGAGACGGCCUCGCAACCCGACCCAGCCACAGAUGCUUACACAUUCCUCGAAUUCAACACCCAACUCGAGUCCGAUUUUGGCUACACGGACUCUCGAGACCCGAUUUGUUCUUGGCCGACACCCUACGACGCCACCGCCGCUGAUCGCUCCGGCUCCGACACUGCUGCCUCCUCUCCCUCUACUGCUUCAAAAGGAGCUGCCCGUGGCGUAAAUAGUAAUAACAACAGCAAUAGUUGUAGUGGAACCGUGGUUGAUGCGUUAGCUACGGGGAUUAGUGGAUUGAAUUUCGAGGAGACAGCUGGGGAUGAGGAUGAUGGUUAUGAGUACGGAAAAGGGGAUUCCGUCGAGCACUCUUGUCGGUAUUGUGGGGUUUCAAACCCGGCUUGCGUGGUUCGCUGUAACGUCCCAUCGUGUAGGAAGUGGUUCUGUAAUUCAAGAGGGAAUACAUCUGGCUCGCAUGUUGUUAAUCAUCUCGUACGAGCUAAACACAAGGAAGUCUGCCUUCAUAAGGAUAGUCCUUUGGGAGAAACAAUUCUUGAAUGCUACAACUGUGGAUGCAGAAAUGUUUUCCUUCUUGGUUUUAUAUCUGCUAAGACAGAGAGCGUUGUUGUUCUUCUUUGUAGAGAACCUUGUUUGAAUGUUAAUGCUUUGAAGGACAUGAAUUGGGACUUGAGUCAGUGGUGUCCCCUUAUUGAUGAUAGAUGCUUUUUGCAGUGGUUAGUUAAGGUCCCAUCUGAACAAGAGCAGCUAAGGGCACGGCAAAUAAGUGCUCAGCAGAUAAACAAGGUAGAAGAGCUUUGGAAGACAAAUCCUGAUGCCUCCCUUGAAGAUCUUGAGAAGCCUGGCAUAGAUGAUGAACCUCAACCUGUGGCCUUGAAGUAUGAAGAUGCUUAUCAGUAUCAAAAUGUUUUUGCUCCACUUAUUAAGCUUGAAGCUGACUAUGAUAAAAUGAUGAAAGAAUCUCAAAGCAAGGACAAUGUCACCGUUCGAUGGGAUAUUGGCUUAAACAAGAAACGAGUUGCAUAUUUUGUUUUUCCAAAGGAAGACAAUGAGCUGCGUCUAGUACCUGGUGAUGAGUUGCGACUGCGUUAUUCAGGAGAUGCUGCCCACCCAGCAUGGCAGGCUGUUGGGCAUGUGAUCAAGCUAACAGCACAAGAGGAAGUUGCACUUGAGCUCCGUGCUAGUCAGGGAGUUCCUGUUGAUGUCAGCCAUGGAUUCAGUGUUGAUUUUGUCUGGAAGAGUACAAGCUUUGACCGGAUGCAGGGGGCAAUGAAAACAUUUGCAGUUGAUGAAACAAGUGUUAGUGGAUAUAUUUACCACCACCUUCUUGGCCAUGAGGUUGAGGUUCAAAUGGUUCGUAAUACACUCCCUCGACGUUUUGGUGCACCUGGUCUGCCAGAACUGAAUGCAUCUCAAGCUUUUGCUGUAAAGAGUGUUCUUCAGAAGCCAAUAAGCCUGAUUCAAGGGCCCCCUGGCACUGGAAAAACUGUUACUUCUGCUGCCAUUGUUUAUAACAUGGCUAAACAGGGUCAGGGACAGGUUCUAGUCUGUGCUCCAAGUAAUGUGGCUGUUGACCAGCUAGCUGAAAAGAUAAGUUCCACUGGGUUAAAGGUUGUAAGGCUUUGUGCGAAAUCAAGGGAAGCUGUGAGUUCUCCUGUUGAGCAUUUGACCCUGCAUUAUCAGGUUCGACAUCUUGACACAUCUGAGAAAAGUGAACUUCACAAGUUACAACUAUUGAAAGAUGAACAAGGUGAAUUGUCAAGUAGUGAUGAGAAAAAGUACAAAGCACUAAAGCGAGCAACAGAGAGAGAAAUAUCCCAAAGCGCUGAUGUCAUUUGUUGCACUUGUGUUGGGGCUGGAGAUCCUAGAUUGGCAAAUUUUAGGUUCCGCCAGGUACUUAUUGAUGAGUCUACUCAGGCAACUGAACCUGAGUGUCUCAUUCCUUUAGUUCUUGGAGUGAAGCAGGUUGUUCUUGUUGGUGAUCAUUGCCAACUUGGUCCUGUUAUCAUGUGCAAGAAAGGAGCUCGUGCUGGGCUAGCACAAUCUCUAUUUGAACGUCUAGUUUUACUUGGUGUUAAACCAAUUAGAUUACAGGUCCAAUACCGUAUGCACCCAUGUUUAUCAGAGUUUCCUUCUAAUAGCUUCUAUGAAGGCACAUUACAAAAUGGAGUGACAAUCAAUGAAAGGCAAUCAUUGGGCAUUGAUUUUCCUUGGCCUGUGCCUAAUCGUCCCGUGUUUUUUUAUGUACAGAUGGGACAAGAGGAGAUUAGUGCUAGUGGAACAUCAUAUCUCAAUCGAACUGAGGCUGCAAAUGUUGAAAAGAUUGUUACCACAUUCUUGAGGAGUGGUGUUGUUCCUAGUCAGAUUGGGGUCAUAACACCGUAUGAGGGACAAAGGGCAUAUAUUGUAAAUUAUAUGUCAAGAAAUGGUGCUUUGAGACAGCAGCUUUACAAAGAAAUUGAGGUUGCAAGUGUUGAUUCGUUCCAAGGACGGGAAAAAGAUUACAUCAUCUUGUCUUGUGUGAGAAGUAAUGAACAUCAGGGUAUUGGAUUUCUAAAUGAUCCCCGCAGGCUUAAUGUUGCCUUAACACGUGCUCGAUAUGGUAUUGUAAUUCUUGGAAACCCCAAAGUUCUUAGCAAACAACCUCUGUGGAAUGGUUUAUUGACACAUUACAAGGAACAUGAGUGCCUCAUUGAAGGACCCCUAAAUAACUUGAAGCAGAGUAUGGUUCAAUUCCAAAAGCCCAAAAAGGUGUACAACAAUCGAAGAGUUUUCUUUAGCCGUGGACCUGGGAUUGUGCCUAGUGAUAAUUUUGCAUCUGCUGCCUCAUCCAGUCCAAAUGCGGAUAGAAGAAAUAGUCGUGCUCGGGGUGCGUAUAUGCCUCCCGGUCUUCCUAAUGGUACUCACAAGCCUGGGGUUCAACCUACCAGGUUCGAAAUGCCCCAGGUUCCUCUUCAACCAUUUCCUGGUCCUCCUUCCCAACCUUAUGCUAUUCCAACUCAUGAAGCUGUACAUGGACCUGUGGGAGCUGUUCCUCAGGUCCCACAACCUGGAAACCGAGGCUUUGGAGCUGGAUGUGGUUAUGCUGGUGCUCCAAUCAGCAGUCUUCUCCAGCACCAGCAAGGCACACCACAGAAUGCUGGAACUCUUGGAUCUGCUUUUAACUUCCCUCUGGAAAAUCCAAGCGGCCAGCCAUCUAUGGGUGGUCAAUUAUCUCAACCUGGAUUUGUGAAUAAUAUGGCAAUCCAAAGGCCAAGCCGAUCAUUACAUGAUGGAUUUUCAAGGGGGGUAAUGUCCCAGGACUACUUGGGUGAUGACUUCAAAACCCAAGGCUCACAUGUUCCUUAUAACAUUGCUGAUUUUUCUACACAGGUUUCACAGGGUGGGUAUGCUGCUGAUUAUGCCACACAAGGAGCACAGAGUGGUUUUCUAGGGAACUUCCUAAACCAGAAUUCUCAAGCUGGAUAUUCUCAUUUUGGCACUGGAAAUGAUUUCAUGUCUCAGGAAUACAUGAAUCAUGGAUCACAAGGGCUGUUUACUCAGGUUGGCUUUAGUGACCCUUCACAGGAUGAUGCAUCACGGAGCCAUUUUGGUGUGAAUCCCAACCAGCUUCAGUCUCAGGGUUUUCUGAAUUCUCUCUACUCCCAGCCCUUUGCUCAGUUCAACAAACAGCCACUAAACUUGCAGGCUCCUCAGCAGGGACAUGGCUCCCAAAACCAGAAACUUCAAUUUAAUGGUUAAGAAUAAGGAUGCAUAGGCUUUAACAGGUUAUAGUGUUUACAAUUAGCAACUUGGUUUGCGCUGCCCUUGUGUGCCCAAAUAUAAUCCCAAUCUGAAGUGUAAAAUAUUUGCCGGUUUGAGGUCAGUUUUUGAGUUCUGCCCAUAUCCCCAUAAAAUGAUUCCUGAUGGCAGGAAUAGCUGUAAUUGAAGGGUAAUAUAUGGCAAUGGGGGCUAUAUGUGAACACAUUGGCUGAGAAAGAAAAAGGAUAACCCCAGAUACCUUUGAAUUGUUUUGGAGAAUGAUUAUUGAUUCAAGAGAGAACCAUUACAUGAUAAGGUUUUUCUCGAAAGGGUUUGCUGAUAAAAGACUCCAGGCCAUAAUGGCCAUUGAUUUUUCAGGUUAAAUCCGUCUGUAAUAGACACAGAAGCAUUUUAGAGGUGAAAAUAUUUUUAUAUAGUAUGCCAGGAAAAUCGCCUGUCCCUUUCAGCUCAUCCUUGACAUGUAAUUGUACUCUUUAGUAUAGGUCGGAAAAAUGUUUGAAGCGGUUCAUGGUGCUUGUAGAUGUGAGAAAUUGGGUUUGUUUGACAAUGGAGUUGCUCCCCAUAAUAUGUAGAAUGACAUCAAUGUUUUUAAUGCCGUUUGUCUGAACUGAUGACUGCUUCUGGUAUUGUAUUUCUUUUCCGUGGUUUUCCCUCAAGGACAGGAUGAACUCGAAAUGAGGCAGGCAUUUCUUUAAUUCCAAACUGAAGUCACUUGAGAUGAUGGAUAGUAUGGAUUCAGUUCAGAUAUUUAAUUUUUUAUUUUAUUUUA